UUUCAGCCCAAAGCAGGGUCCCCCCUCAAACUUAAUUCCCUCUGAGGGAGGGAAUGAGUGCCGCUGAGUGGGCGGGGUGUUGGCUGAAAGAGGAGGUGCGCGCGCAGCAGCCCCUCCCUGUUGAAUGUUGCUGAGUUUGCCCUUUGUUGCUUUAUAUUUCCUUGAGAAGGGCAGAAGUGCAGAGCAGACGAUCGCAGCUGAAGGGGUCUCUGCCCAGGGGCUGCAGGCAGGAAAGGCAGUGAGAUCAGGACAAGUUACGUCGACCCGGCCCUGUGACGAUCUCUGGAGACCAUGACCAAGAAAAGAAUUGCCGUGAUUGGGGGAGGUGCGAGCGGCCUCGUGUCGAUCAAGUGCUGCCUGGAUGAAGGCUUGGAGCCGGUCUGCUUUGAAAGGACUGAUGACAUCGGAGGGCUCUGGAGGUUCCAGGUAAAUCUCCAGCACCCCACCGUUUUAUUUGUGGAGUAUGAAAAUCACAGAUCCCUGCAUGAGCCCUAUUACAUGAUGCCAGCCCUUGGUGUAACACUGUGUGAGGAGAGUCAUGUCAGGGAAGAUGCCCACAUACAGGCUGAGGUUACAGCCCCCCAUGGCUAUCGCUUUUCCUUCCAGACCACUGUGUGCAGUGUGAAGAAGCGACCUGAUUUCCCCACUUCAGGCCAAUGGGAGGUGGUCACGGAAUCUGAAGGGAAAAAGGAGGUGAAUGUCUUCGAUGGGGUCAUGGUUUGCACUGGCCACCACACCCAAGCUCACUUACCCUUGGAAAGCUUCCCUGGCAUUGAGAAGUUCAAAGGACAGUACUUCCAUAGCCGAGAUUAUAAGAAUCCAGAGCCUUUCACUGAAAAGAGAGUCAUUGUUAUUGGCAUUGGGAACUCUGGAGUGGACCUGGCUGUGGAGACCAGCCACGUAGCCAAGCAGGUUUGAAUCAACAAAAUUAUUUCCUUUGCUUUGCCCAGAAAGCUGUGGGUGGACAUAGGUCUCAAACAUAGGGAGACCCUCACCCAGCUCGUUGGUGCCAAGGGCAGAUGCAGGGCUUGGUUUUGUUGUCUCACUUGGAGCCAAAGCUGCCAGUUAGAUUCUCAUCAUUCAGUUGGCCUCACCAUAAGGGAAUUAGGUCAUGACCAUAGACUGUGCUCAUAAUCCCAGUCAGCCAGUCCCUUCAGCGCGUGGCUCCGGCUUUGAAGGAGACCAAGUAAUUGCUGGGAGAGCUUGUUGGACUGCAGCGUUUAAAAGUGUGGAUGUUCUGUGGGUCCGCAGGAGCGCCAUGCUCUCAUGGGAUGGAAAACACCCCAGGUCACAGAGAGUUUGGCACUCAUAGGAUGGUGGGGGAAUUUUCCUCUUCACCCCCCAAAUGGAGAAAAGCAGCAGUAUAACCUUUCAAAAGGCCACAGGCAUGUCACUAUGAAAGUGUCCCCACUGUGGGACAUGCAGGCAGCUCACCCCAGCCUUUGCAUAUAGCUAGCUAACACGGAAUGGCAUUUGCUCUAAUGCAAUUUCUGUGUCCUUCAGGGUUUGUUUGUAUCAUAGAUUUUGAACUGGGAAGAAAGUGUCUUCAUUAUAAAUCCCUAGGGAAAAACGUGUCAUUUUUAUAUUUUGUCAUUCAUGUCGUUAUUUAAUCAUAACUUUAUUGGCAACAGUUAAAUGCCAGGCUGUUCUUCAGUAACUCUAAUUAAGCUGUGCUUCUCCACAAAUAUGUUAUAAAUUACUUUAAAAAAAAAAUAGAAGUUUAAUGCCACAACUUUGUGAAACGACCUUUACCCAGAAACUCCAUUCAAUAACACUUCUCAAUACUAUCCCCAUCUAGCACCAAAAAAGUGAUUUUAUAUGUUACUCCGUGAACUAAUUCAACAAGCAUUUAUCAGGAAAUAGCUAUAUAAACAAG